GGAACGGAAGCCAGCUUGCUAAGCCUUAGCAAUCCCAAGUGGAAGAUCUACAGAUUUCCCAAUGGCAAACCAACUGAGCAUCACCAACUUGAAGACGGUCCGUGGGGGUGACUCUAUCCUUGUGCAGGGGAAGGUGCCACCAAAUGCUGAGAGGUUUGCCAUCGACCUGGGCCGAGAUUCAAAGAACUACUUGAUUCACUUUAACCCUCGCUUUGCUGAAAAGGUGAUUGUGUACAACUCCAUGACGGAUGGUAACUGGAGUACGGAGACCCGGGACUUUCACUUCCCAUUCAAGCAGGGAGAAGUCACCAAGGUCCUUUUCACCUUAGAGAGAGAUGAAGUGAAAGUGACUUAUCCCGAUGGCUAUGUGUUCGAUUACAAAAGCAAAUCAAACCUGGACUACGUCGAUUACGUCCAAAUGGCGGGCAUCGAGACCCAAUCUAUCGACAUCAAAUGAGUCCA